AUGGACUCCCUGUUCCGCAGUGAAGAGAUGAGCCUGACGCAGCUGAUCCUGCAGGUGGAAGCCGGGUACUGCUGUAUCGCUGAACUGGGCGAGCUGGGCCUGGUGCAGUUCCGGGAUCUGAAUGCAUUGGUGAAUAAUUUCCAGAGGCGGUAUGUGAACGAAGUGUGUCGAUGUGAGGGGAUGGAAAGAAUCCUGCGUUUCCUGGAGUGUGAAAUGCAGAAUGACAAGAUUGUAAUCCCAGUCCCAGAGAAGCCCCCACAGACCCCGCUGCCCCGAGAAAUGAUAGACCUGGAGACUGUCUUGGAGAAGCUGGAGGGGGACCUUCAGGAGGUAAACCGAAACCAGCAGACCCUGAAACAGAACUUCCUUGAGCUGACAGAACUCAAGCAUCUCCUGAAGAAGACUCAGGAUUUCUUUGAGGCAGAAGCCAAUUUACCAGAUGAUUUCUUCAACGAAGACACCAGCAGCCUUUUGGAGCUCCGAACUAUCCCUACUCCAGCUGCUGCUGGGAAACUUGGGUUCACCGCCGGGGUCAUCGGAAGGGAGAGGAUGGCUGCUUUUGAGAGACUGCUGUGGAGGGUCUGCAGGGGGAAUAUUUACCUGAAAUAUAGUGAGCUGGACACCACGCUGGAGGACCCAGUCACAAAAGAAGAGGUGAAGAAAAAUGUUUUCAUCAUCUUCUACCAGGGAGAACAGCUCAAACAGAAAAUAAAGAAGAUUUGUGAUGGUUUCAAAGCCACAGUCUAUCCUUGCCCAGAGAACGCCAGUGAGCGAAGAGACAUGGCAGCUGAUGUGAACACCAGGAUUGAAGAUUUAAAUGCGGUCAUCACCCAAACCGAAUCUCAUCGCCAGCGUGUCCUGCUGGAGGCGGCCCAGAAUCUCUACAAUUGGACUGUUAAAGUGAAGAAAAUGAAGGCAGUGUAUCAUGUACUAAACCUUUGCAACAUUGAUGUCACCCAGCAGUGCGUCAUUGCUGAAAUCUGGUGCCCUAUAACUGACAAGGAGCGCAUCAAACGGGCAUUGCACCUCGGCAUGGAACGCAGCGGUUCCACCAUCGCUCCCAUUCUUACCAACAUUCCCACCAAGAUGGAGCCACCGACCUUCAACCGCACCAACAAAUUCACUUCCGGAUUUCAGAACAUUGUUGAUGCCUACGGAGUUGGGAAAUACAGAGAGAUGAACCCAACCCCAUACACCAUCAUCACCUUCCCCUUCCUCUUCGCGGUCAUGUUCGGGGAUUGCGGUCAUGGUCUGGUUAUGUUCGGAUUUGCAUCAUGGAUGAUUUUGAAAGAGAAACAGCUUCUGGCCUCUAAAGUUGACAAUGAGAUCUGGAACACAUUUUUCGGAGGGCGAUACCUGAUCUUCCUGAUGAGUAUUUUCUCCAUUUACACUGGCUUCAUCUACAACGACUGCUUCUCCAAAUCCUUAAACAUAUUUGGCUCUGCCUGGUCUGUUCGGCCCAUGUUCACCAAAGGCAACUGGACAAUUAAUCAGCUCCAUCAUGCAACUGACCUACAGCUAGACCCAGCAGUGCCUGGGGUCUUCUCUGGGAAUCCCUAUCCCUUCGGCAUUGACCCGAUUUGGAAUAUUGCCAAGAACAAGCUGACCUUCCUGAAUUCCUACAAGAUGAAAAUGUCUGUAGUUGUAGGGAUCACUCAGAUGGUGUUUGGGGUCAUAAUAAGCCUCAUAAAUCACAUAAACUUCAGGAAUCGCGUGAACAUCAUCCUACAGUUCAUCCCAGAGGUCAUAUUCAUCACUUGUCUCUUCGGGUACCUGGUCUUCAUGAUCAUCUUCAAAUGGUGUACAUAUAAUGCGUCCAAUUCACAAAUUGCUCCCAGCAUCCUCAUCCACUUCAUCAAUAUGUUCCUGUUCAACUACAAUGACCCAACCAAUCCUCCACUCUACGAGCACCAGAAAGAGGUACAGAGUUUCCUGGUGAUAUUUGCACUGAUUGCCGUUCCCUGGAUGUUGCUGUUUAAACCAUUCAUUCUGCGAGCCAAUCACCAGAAGGCCCAGCGCAGGGUAAGUGGCAAACGCUCCUGA